ACGUGACUCGACAGAACAGACCAAGUAUGUCCAGCCCAAAGAAGCUGCGCCUGAUGACCUACUUAUCCUCGGGGAUUCCCAUCCAGGUGUUUGAGCUGCUCUUGCACUACCUGGAGGAAGUGACGGGGAUGGAGGGGUACCUGAUCACUGAGUCCCGAUGGAGCGGACCCCCAGCAGAGUGGGGCGACCCUUUCAUUGACGAUAUUGCUGAUGUUGUAUUUAUGUGCAGUUCAGCAUACCUGCGCCUGAAACACGACAAAAAUGAAUACAUGGAGUUGUGUCCUGUAGCCCCUGUCCACAGGCAUGAGAAAGGUGGCGGGGAACCAGUUUACUUCUCCGACCUUGUGGUCAACAGCAGCAAAAAGUCAGUUUAUGGUAACUUUGUUGACUUAAAAGGACAGACUUUUGCCUUCAAUGAUCCAAUCUCUUUGAGUGGAAGUCUUAUUGUCCUGGGCCACCUGAAGAAAAAUGGAUACAACUCCUCUUUUUUUGGCAACAUGCUUCACUCAGGUUCCCAUCUGAAGUCCAUUAAGAUGAUUCUGGACAACAAGGCAGAUGUUGCCGCCAUUGAUUCCAAUGUCCUGAAAUUUUAUCUACAACAAAACCCACGGGACGAGGAGAACUUGUCCACUGUGACCUCACUGGGUCCAAUGCCAGUCUACCCUAUUGUCUUCAACUCUCGGCUUAGUGCCAACGUGAAGAAACAGAUCUCAGAGGCUCUACUAGGAAUGCACAAGUUACCGGAAUGGCAGCCACAGUUAGAGGAGUGGAACAUCGAGAGGUACACGAAGAUCGAUGACUCUCUGUAUGAUCUAGAGACCAGCCUGAUGGACCUGUGUAAGGGGCUUAGUCUAUCCAGUGUCUACUACUAAACUACUGCAAUGUACCGUGCAAUGACCACCACAGUGUAGUGAUAUAUCUACGAAUACACCACCUCUACGACUGUACUAUUGUGAUUAUUUUACUACUAUACCGGUAUAAGGGGAGAUAGCUCAUUAGUUACCAUGUAUUUCUCAGCAUUAUUCUUUUGUGUUCAAUUCUAGAGGUAAAACCAAAGUAAUGCCCUAGUCAUUUAGUUUUGUCUGUGAUUGAAAUUUCUAGUUUAGAUUACAAGGCUUGGCUUUGCAUUCUGUGUAUCUAUGUAAUCAGGUAAAAUUCUUCACAGUCAAAGACUGUUUGUUGAAUAAUAUCAUAACUUCAGGUAUGGGACAGUUGUAUAAAUCAUCAUUUAAAGGUUGCAUUUGUAUGUACAUGGAGUUAAUAUUAACAAUCAUGGAUUUUUUUUAUUUGUUGCCAAAGAAAUGCUUUUCAGCAGUAUAGAUGAAUAAGAGAAUUUUUACAUAGGAAGGUAAUCUGUAAAGUAAAUAAUGUUCCAAUAAUUAUUUUGAUUACCUUUUAGAGAAAAAAAAAAUUAAUCAUACUUAAAAACAAGGUUGUUAUUAUGACAACAAAGAAUAUAAUCUUUAUAAUUUAUGAUUUUUCUUUGUCUACAUUAUGUUUUUAAUAUAAGGGAG